CACCUCCAUCAGCGAGCGCCGCCCUGCCUACAGCCUCUGCCUCCUCCCCAUUCGCGGCCGGAACUCCGGCCGAAGCCUGACGCCGGCGGCCGUCGCCCAGCUCCUCUCGGUCGAACCUCCCUCACCUCCAUCAGCGAGCGCUGCCCCUGCCUACAGCCUCUGCCUCCUCCCCAAUCGCGGCCGGAACUCCGGCCGAAGCCUAACGCCGUAUCCGUCGGCGGCCGUCGCCCAGCUCCUCUCGGUCGAACUAUACAGGAACCGCAAACUCCUUUCUUUUUCAUCAUCAUAUUCGUUUUGGAGUGGUAAAGGGACCUAGCUUGAAUCCUUGUCCGGAGUUAUUGUGGAAGGUGCAGCCCAUCUAUACAACCUCUUGUAGCUGCUGUUCUGCAUCUUUAGAAAUCUUCGUGUAAAACGAAGGAAUUAUAUUGCGUAAUUGGAGUCAAGCGCAAGAAAGAAUCAAUAAGGAUGACGAUUCGCCAUAUCAGGCGUAACAGGACUGCUAGCAACACCUAAAGGACCAACUGUGAUGACAGUAACUCAAGCGGCAAUGCCUCCCAAAGGACCACUGGUGAAAACAAUAACUCAAGUGUUGGCCAAAGAAGCAACACUAAUGAAGAUAAUUUUGCCACAACACAGUCUAAGAAGAGAGGGAGGACAAAGAGGUCCCUUACCUCACUAAAAGUGCCUCCUAAUGGUCGGAAGGUCCAGCUUGAACCUAAUGGUGAACUGCAAUUUAAGUAUGUUGGUACCAUUUCCAAUGCAUACAAAUAUGGUACACAGUUGGGAGUCAUUCUCAAGCGAGAAUAUCCAGGUCUGGUUGAGGUCAAGGAUAGUAAUGGUGUAAUCACUGGAAGCCGACCCGCACUAGACUGGGAAGAUUAAUUUAAUAGAAGCAAUACAGGGAUAUAUAUGUGUUGUCCUGUUUGUCAUAUUAUGCUUUCACCUUGUUUUCUCUUUGGAAAAGGAUUUGGCAUGGUAGAAUAUAUUUAGGACAGUGGUCUCAUUUACUUGUGCAAUUCCUUAUCAUAUUUAUAUUUGCAGCGCUUGUUUGAAGUUACCGAGCCUAAUAGGGCAGAGGCUAACCGUAUUUUAGAGGGUUGUGCGAGGAGGAAAGUAAAAGACAAUAUGUACCAAGCUCGUGUGGAUGCUGUCAAGAUAUACUAUGAUAACCAAGGAGAAGAACUCGAUGACAAGCUGGCAUGUUCAAGGGAGCUUACUCUUGAACAAUACUUAGCUAGCAGAGUGGACUGGUUCAGUCCUACAGUAUGGCCUCAUAUUUGCAGAUAUUGGUGCUCAAAAGAGUUCAAGCAAGCAAGGUCUAGAGGGCAGGCUUCUCGCUUAAAAUCUCUAGAUGUUGCUCAAAAUCGAGGAGGUUCAUGACCAUUCACAGAAACAAGGCAGUAUUUGGAACAUAAAUUUGGACCCGAGAAGGCUACCAUAAUGAACACAUAUGCUGCAAUGAAAUCUGGUAUCAAAAAUUUGGAUGAAAGUGGCUGUAGCGGUGCAAUCAGCAGCCAGAAAGCACAAAAACGCCUUGAUGCAUAUUGUGAUGGUCUUAAGAAAGCACAUCCAGAGGAUUGGCAAGACAUUGAUUUGGAUGAAAGUGUCUUGUACAACACAUCCGGUGGCAUGCCACAUGGCCGCCUAUCAAUUGCUACCGGUGCCGUCAAGAAAGCCCACAUUAUCUCUGCUGCAAAGGCAACAAAUCCGAAGCCCUCAAGUUCUGUUGCUUACCAUAAUGUCAUCCAAGAGAAUCAACAGUUACGUUCUACAAAUGAGAUUCUAACAAGGAAAACAGAAAUGCAUGACCAAAUGUUCAGGAUGCUUUUUGCUGAGAUGGGCAGAGAGCUACCGGAAUGGUUCCAACAAGGUCGAACCCAAGCUCAUACCCAGGGGAACACAGACUUGGAGGAUGCUGCUAUGGAUGACCUUGUUGGUCAUGGAAACAAUGGAGGCAGCAAUGAUGGUGAGAACAUUUGUGGUGAUAGCAACGACUUUGUCUACAAUGAAGAUGGUGAUGGUAACUAUGCUUCUGGAGGAGGUUCUCACUAGUGUCCUUGCACUUCAGCUAGUUAUUGGCACUCAAAUGGUAUUUUGGAUCUUUUGUGGUUUGACUAUCUUUGAUAAACUUAGGUUAAGUGAUGUAUGGAAAAUAGUGAAGUUGUGUAUGUAGGUGAUGGUCCUGACCGUGAAACUUUAUGACUUUGAAGUUCAUGUAUUUUGUUGUUACAUUGCACUGCCAUGUGCAAGUUUGUGUCAUGUCUGUCACCAACCUUUAGUGUACUGUUACAUUGUUAUUUGUAGACUCGUUUUGGAAUAUAAUGUGGAGUUCAUUAGCUGGCUUGAACCUGUAUUUACUGAAUGAUUUUUCCUGGCGGUACUCCCAUAUUCCUGUGAGCAGUCUAUUGUCAUGUAGCCUACAAUCCCUUGCGGUACAAGCAUUUAUCCUGUGGGCUUGUUUUCAUAUGAUUUUGUUUCCCUGUAGGCUUUUUCCUGUGGGUCAAUUGACACAGAAAUAAAAUUAGUAAACCUGACGGACUAACAAUUUCCUGUGGGCCACCGUCAGGAACACCCGCCAGGGAAAUAUUUCCUGUCAGCCAACCGUCAGGCAUUUUUAAUUUCCCUGUCAAAAUAAUCCUGGCGGAAUUAUCCUGUCGGUCAGCCGACAGGAAUUAUUAUCCUGACGGUUUAUGCUAAUUUCCUGUAGGUUCAUGGCCGUGGGGAAAAUACCGGUUUCUGGUA